GAAAAUAAGCCUGUUGGAUUUAGCGUGCUACAGCUUGUGGUGACAGACAAGGAUUCUUCUCACAAUGGCCCUCCUUUUCUCUUCACCAUCUUGAGUGGAAAUGAAGAGAAUGCUUUUCAGAUUAACCAGCAGGGAGUACUGACAACAACUGCUGCACUGAAUCGCAAAGUGAAGGAUCACUAUUUACUUCAUGUUAAGGUGGCAGAUAAUGGAAAACCUCCGUUGUCAUCUUUGACUUACAUUGAUAUUGGAGUUAUUGAGGAAAGCAUUUAUUCUCCAGCAAUUCUGCCUCUAGAAAUCUUUAUCACAGCCUUUGGGGAAGAAUAUUCAGGUGGUGUCAUUGGAAAAAUUCAUGCAACCGAUCAAGAUGUUUAUGAUACUUUGACGUACAGCCUCGACCCCAAAAUGGAAUCCUUGUUCUCUGUGUCCAGUACUGGCGGCAAACUAAUUGCACAUAAAAAGUUAGACGUAGGACAGUACCUCCUAAACGUCACCGUUACAGAUGGGAAAUUUACAACCGCAGCUGACAUUACUGUACACAUCAGACAAAUCACUCAAGAUUUACUGAAUCACAGCAUUGCAAUACGCUUUGCAAACCUUGCCCCCGAAGAAUUCAUCGGCGACUACUGGCGCAAUUUCCAGAGAGCUUUAAGAAACAUCUUGGGUGUGAGGAGAAAUGACAUCCAGAUUGUUAGUUUGCAGCCUUCUGAUCCUCCUUCAAAUCUUGAUGUCCUCCUGAAUAUUGAAAAGUCUGGUAACUCUCAGCACCCAAUGAGAGUUCUGCUCCACAAGAUAAACUCAACUGUGCCUGACCUAGAGGAGAUUUUAGGUGUCCGGAUAAUUGAUGUUUUCCAUAAGCUUUGCGCAGGCCUGGAUUGCCCUUUGAAAUUUUGUGAAGAAAAAGUAACAGUGGAUGAGAACAUCAUGUCAACCCACAGCACAGCCAGGUUGAGUUUUGUCACUCCCCGUCAUCAUAGGACAGCAGUUUGUCUUUGUAAAGAAGGGAAAUGCCCCCUGGUGAAUAGUGUGUGUGAAGGAAACCCAUGCCCUGAAGGUAGUGAAUGUUUAGGAGAUCCAAAGGAAGGAAAAUACACCUGUGUUUGCCAAGAGAGCAAAGCUGGACAGUGCCCUGCUGGCUCUGCUGUCACAUUUACUGGGAGCAGCUAUGUGAAAUAUCGUCUCAUGGAAAGCGAGAACAAAGAGGAAAUGAAGCUGACAAUGAGACUUAGAACUUACUCUGCUCAUGCAGUUGUUAUGUAUGCUCGAGGAACAGACUACAGUAUCUUAGAGAUUCACCAUGGAAGGCUGCAGUAUAAAUUUGAUUGUGGCAGCGGACCUGGGAUUGUCUCCGUUCAGAGUAUUCAGAUUAACGAUGGCCAGUGGCAUUCAGUAUCUCUCGAAGUGGACGGAAAUUACGCGCGACUUGUUCUGGAUCGGGUGCAUACUGCAUCUGGUACUGCUCCUGGAACGCUCAGGACACUAAACCUAGAUAAUCAUGUGUUUUUUGGUGGCCAUAUUCGGCAGCAAGGUGCAAGACACGGUAGAAGUCCUCAGGUUAGCAAUGGUUUCAGAGGCUGUAUGGAUUCUGUUGUACUUAAUGGCCAAGAGCUGCCCCUAAACAGUAAGCCACGAAAUUAUGCACACAUGGAAGAAUCUGUAGAUGUGACUCCUGGAUGCUUACUGACUGCCACAGAAGGUUGUUCAAGCAGCCCGUGUCAGAAUGGAGGCAUCUGCAACGCGCUGUCAAAUGGAGGUUACUACUGCAAGUGUGCGCCUUUGUUUAUGGGAACUCACUGCGACGUAAGUGUCAACCCAUGUGCUUCCAACCCCUGCCUUUAUGGUGGUACUUGCAUCCCGGUCAGUGAUGAUUUUAUCUGCCAGUGCCGAGGACAAUAUACAGGCCAAAGGUGCCAGCUGGGUCCAUAUUGCAAAGACAAUCCUUGUAAGAACAGUGGCAAGUGUAUUGACAGUUUGGAUGGACCUGUUUGUGAGUGUGAAGCAGGCUUUCGUGGAGAAAGGUGCCUGACUGAUGUGGAUGAAUGUGUAGAAAACCCGUGUCUUAACGGUGCCCUCUGUGAGAAUACUUAUGGUUCCUAUCACUGCAACUGUAGCCGUGGAUUUGGAGGAAAACACUGCACAGACAUGGUUCUUAACAAAUAUGUUUCAACGUCUUGGAACAUUAGCUUAGCCGAAGUGAUUGGAAUUAUUGUUUUCAUCGCAGGAAUAUUCUUAUUAGUUGUAAUUUUUGUUGUUUGCCGCAAAGUGGUCAGUAGAAAGAAAAAGCACCAGCCAGAACCUGAAGACAAGCAACUGGGAGCUACAACAGCUUUCUUACAAAGACCUUAUUUUGAUGCAAAAUUGAAUAAGAACGUUUAUUCUGACAUCCCACCGCAGGUUCCUGUUCGUCCCAUUUCGUACACUCCAAGCAUUCCAAGCGACUCCAGGAACAAUCUUGAUAGGAAUUCUUUUGAGGGGUCUGCUAUCCCCGAGCACCCAGAGUUUAGUACUUUUAACCCAGAUUCUGUACAUGGUCACCGGAAAGCUGUAGCUGUUUGCAGCGUAGCACCAAAUUUGCCACCUCCACCUCCCUCCAACCCUCCUUCCGACAGUGAUUCAAUACAGAAACCCAGCUGGGAUUUUGACUAUGACACUAAAGUAGUAGAUCUUGACCCCUGCCUUGCAAAAAAGCCUCUGGAUGAAAAGAACUCCCAUCCUUACAGUGCUAGAGAAAGCAUGUCUGAGGUCCAGUCUCUCAGCUCCUUCCAGUCUGAAUCAUGUGAUGACAAUGAAUCUUUUCCUGUUCCUGACCUCAGCAAUUCAAGAGGUUAUCACUGGGAUACGUCAGACUGGAUGCCAAGUGUUCAGUUGCCAGGUAUUCAAGAGUAUCCAAAUUACGAAGUGGUUGAGGAGUCAGCUCCCCUCUACACGGAUCCAAACGCCAUCGAUACAGACUAUUACCCUGGCGGUUAUGACAUAGAAAGUGAUUUUCCACCUCCACCUGAUGACUUCCCUGCACCUGAUGAGCUUCCACCAUUACCACCAGAAUACAGCGACCAGUUUGAGUCAAUACAGCCACCCAGAGACAUGCCAGCUGUAGGUAGCUUGGGUUCUUCUGCAAGAAGCAGGCAGAGAUUUAACCUUAACCAGUACCUUCCCCAUCACUACCCUGCAGACAUGUCAGAACCUCAGACCACAACCAGUGGUGUCAACAGCGGUUACAGAGAACCUUAUGCUCCUUACACAUUAGGGUACAAUAGAGACUUUGAAGCACCCACUGUAGACAACAUGUCCAUGUCUGUGUAUGCUUCCACAGCUUCAUGCUCUGAUGUGUCAGCGUGCUGUGAAGUGGAGUCUGAAGUCAUGAUGAGUGACUAUGAGAGUGGAGACGACGGUCAUUUCGAAGAUGUGAAAAAUCCUCCACUCGAUUCCCAGCAACAUACAGAAGUCUGA